CUCCCGCGUCUUCGUUUUGAACUUCCCGCAGGCCUGUGGCGGUGCUCUCGUGUUUCUGGCUCGGGUGCAGCCGCGGGAUGGCCCUUCCCCGGCUGCUGGCGCGGGCGCUGCACCGGGCAGCCGCUGUCUCUGCCCCCGCGGCACCAGACUUCAACAGUUUUGUCAUUCGGACCAACACGUGUGGAGAGCUGCGUUCAGCUCACGUGGGACAGAAGGUGACCCUGUAUGGAUGGAUUCAGUAUCAAAGACAAGGCCUGUUUCUGGUUUUGAGGGAUUUCCAGGGACUGACCCAGAUUAUCAUUCCACAGGAUGAGGCACAUUCCCACGUGAAGAAGCUCCUGUCUAAUGCCCCAGUGGAGUCUGUGGUGAGAGUGACUGGAAUCGUGUCCCCUCGGCCGCCAGGGCAGGAGAAUCCGAAAAUGCCUACAGGGGAUAUUGAAGUGAAAGCGGAGACUGCAGAGAUCUUGAACUUCUGCAAGAAGCUGCCUUUUGAAAUCAAGGAUUUUAUCAAGAAGUCGGAGGCCUUACGGAUGCAGUAUCGCUACUUGGACUUGCGCAGCUCCCAGCUGCAGCGCAACCUGCGGCUGAGGUCACAAGUGGUGAUGAGGAUGAGGGAGUAUCUCUGCAACCUCCAUGGGUUUGUGGAUGUAGAAACUCCAACGCUCUUUAAAAGAACCCCUGGGGGAGCCAAAGAAUUCAUUGUGCCCUCAAGGGAAGCAGGCAAGUUCUACUCCCUGCCACAGAGUCCUCAGCAGUUCAAGCAACUCCUCAUGGUUGGAGGCCUGGACAGGUACUUCCAGGUUGCUCGCUGCUACCGAGAUGAGGGUUCACGGCCUGACAGGCAGCCUGAAUUCACACAGAUAGAUAUAGAGAUGUCAUUUGUAGAUCAAGCUGGGAUCCAGAGACUGAUAGAGGGCCUCCUGCAAUAUUCCUGGCCUGAGGAAAGAGGUUCCAUUUCAACUCCUUUCCCUUCCAUGACAUACCAGGAGGCACUGUCUCAGUAUGGGACUGACAAACCAGACACUCGCUUUGAGAUGAAGAUAGUGGAUAUCAGUGAUGUUUUACGUCUGUCAGACAUUCAGUUUGUGCAGAAUGCACUCAGUUACCCACGUGGCACCAUCAGAGCCAUUUGUAUCCCUCAGGGAGUGAGGUAUCUUAAAAACAAAGACUUGGAGUCAUUAAAGGAGUCAGCAAAAUCCCAGUUUAACCAGGAAAUCAUGGAAAUUAUCCGCAGGCCUGAUGGAAGCUUGAAGUCCCUGCUUACCAAGUUUCUUGGUGAGAAGCAGCAGCUGGAGCUUAUCCAUGCACUGAACAUGCAGGUGGAUGAUGUGGUGCUGCUGGCAGCUGGUGAACAUAAGCAAGUGUGCUCUGCAUUAGGAAGCCUGCGGUUGUUGAGUGCCAUCCUCCUUGAGGCAGCUGGGCUGGCACUCCGUGAUCCUACAGCUUUUCACUUUCUGUGGGUGGUGGAUUUCCCCCUUUUCCUCCCGAAGGCCGAGAAUCCCGCUGAACUGGAAUCUGCUCAUCACCCCUUCACUGCCCCACAUCCUUCAGAUGCCAGCCUCCUCUAUUCUGAUCCCAUAAAGGUCCGUAGCCAGCACUACGACCUUGUGCUGAAUGGCAAUGAGGUUGGAGGUGGCUCCAUCAGAAUUCACAGUGCAGAACAACAGCGUUUUGUGCUGGAGAAAGUGCUGAAGGAGGAUUCCGAGGUGCUUUCCCAUCUGCUUGAGGCUUUGGGAUCAGGAGCUCCCCCUCAUGGAGGAAUUGCCUUAGGACUUGACAGGCUGAUCUCUCUCAUUGUUGACGCUCCAAGUAUCCGAGAUGUCAUUGCGUUCCCAAAAUCCUUCAGGGGACGAGACCUGAUGGCCAACGCUCCAGACUAUGUCACUCCAGAAGAACUAGAGCCGUAUCACAUCCAGGUUUCCUGGCCUCUUGAAGAAAAAGAGGCAAAUUAAAACUAACUUAAAGCCAGUGAUGUAAGCUGAUCUGUGUAACCGGAGGUGGUUACAGCUUCUAAAUGGAUUCAGUUCAAAAAAUGUCAGUUGCUGUGGCAGGGUGGGGGACAGUCCAACUCCACUGAACAGUGGCAGUUUCAGGAUUGAAUGGGAAGUAGAUCUGAGGGCUCCCUGAUAGGAAUUCAGUAUUGGGUGGUAAUUGGAAGGAGAAGUAGAAAAGCAAAAGAAUAUAAUUUUAGCAUAGGACAUUGAGAUUGUUUGCUUUAGGGUGUCAUUAGAGGGAAGAUGGGAUCUGUUUUUUUCCAGUCCCCACUUUUGACAUGUCCCUUGUCAAGUAUUUCUCCUCCCAUCUGGAGAAGAUAGUCAGCUUCCCUGGCAGGACAGUGUGUAUUCCUGAUAAUCAUUAAAUCAUGUCAGCUGAGGACUGUGACAAUAAAGCUGUGCUGGGCCAACAGCUCUGGACACUGCACAACUUCAGUGCAAUCAGCAACUCGUCUCGUGCUGGAAGAUACAAGAUCAUGUGAACUUUGCCAUGGGAAGUUCAUAUUCAGCUAUGUUCUCCCUUCAGAGGAGAGGGAGAGAAGCAUCAAUAAUGUUUUCAACGGUUGUCCUCGUAAUAUUCGUCAAAGAGGUGAUGGUCUGUCUUUGGGGCCUGUGGUCCCUGUGCUUUUCAGCACAGUAAUUCAGGGGUUUGUAUGUUUAUAAAUAAAGUUCACCUGGCAGUGUG